UUCUCUUUAUCUUUAAUCAGGGGCAAUCUAAUCAUCUAUCAGAGCCAUAGGCAAGGCAGGGUAUUUUUCAGCAGAAGCACAGCAUCUUGUUUUAGGGUCAGGCUCCGUGGGCUGACCGCUGUAGGCUGGCCGCUGAGAAUGGCGGUGCUCGGUGCUUUCGUGCUGGAGCUCCUAGUCUUGGUCACGGUGACAGCUGCACCUACCCACGGUCCUGUGACCAGCACCAGCUCUAUAUCAACUCCCAGCCUGUCAGACACCAAGACCCUUAUUCUCAGAAAAGGAGCCCCGGUAUUCUUUGGGAUUAUCGGGAUCCUGGCUUUUGUUUUCCUUGUGAUUCUAAUCUUUUUCAUUAGAAAGAUGCUGAGAAACCGAACAGGUGUUACACUUACUGAACAGAACAAUGGAAGCAAUGUUCGGCUGCAGGACUUUCAUAACACAGCCACCUCCCAAGCAAGCAAUAACUACACAUUCCCUCAAUACCAGCAGCCCACCCCUGGCACCAGUAAUGUCUAUGGGGAUGAUGACGACACUUCCACAGACAGCUCAGGCAGUUCAUCUGCAGAGGAGGCCAGCAGAGGCAUUGGCUUCUUCAGUGAGGUGAAGAGGGACAAGGCAGGGCAGGAGGAGGACGAUGCCAACGACUACGUGAAUGUUUCCAAAAGAGAGCCGGAGGAGUCGGCAGACUAUGUGAAUGUAGACCCGUCUGAGGGACGAAGGAGGGGUUCUGAUGAUUAUGUCAAGUUGGAGUCUGCCACAGAGCCUGAUGAAGAGGAGGAGCGAGCGUCUAGAGGACUGGAGGGAGGGGGAGAGAACAGCCAGGAUGCUGUUGAUUCUGACACUGAGAGCGACGAGGACACUGUGGUUUACACCCAGAUUGCGUUCAAAUAGGGAGGGCCACAGUCAAGCUCUGAUGUCUUAUAUCUGGAUUGGUUAUCUGCACUAUUCACGCAACAGUCACUCAAAAUAAGACAAAUAUUCAUUCACAAAGUGAAGACAUUGACAAGAACAUCUACAUAUAAUGCCAAGACUAAAGAUGUUUUUUUUAAUCCAUUGCUUAUUUUAUGAAAACUUGUUUUCCGCUGACAAAUAAAAUUGUGAACUUUAUUUCUGCUUUUAAAAAACAAAUACAAAAUAGCAUAUUCUAAACCCAGAUCUGAACCCCGUUCUACAGUUGAUGACAAAACACCAGUUAGUAACGUUAAGGUUACAUGUUAAGGUUACAUAAUGUUGAAGCCAUGGGUGUUCCUGCAUCUAGCAGACGAAUCAAUAACCU